AGCACUUCUGUCAAUUUUCCAGCAGGCGUCGCAGUUUCUAUAACUUUUUGGAACUGACCAAGACGGAAGCUUUAGUUUAAUUUAAGAAACUGUCGUAGCUGAACGUCACAGGUUUCAGGACACGAAUCGGCGGAGCAAAGCACCCGAACAUCACCACAUGCAUAGCACAUCGCACUUUGUGGCCGCGACAUGCGCGGCGCUGCUUCUGCUGGCGGCGACGGCGCAGUCGGCGGCAGCAGCGCAGUCAGGACUGCAGCCAGGUGGCAAGUUAAUCGAGUUGGACGAGGACAACUGGCACCUGAUGCUCCAGGGCGAAUGGAUGAUCGAGUUCUUUGCUCCAUGGUGCCCGGCCUGCAAGAACCUGGCUCCCACCUGGGAGCGGUUUGCCCGCGUGGCUAAGGAUGUCCAGGUGCAGGUGGCCAAGAUCGACGUGACAACCUCGCCCUCGCUCAGUGGACGCUUCUUUGUCACCGCCCUGCCCACGAUUUACCACGUAAAAGAUGGCGAGUUCCGGCAGUAUCGUGGAGCCCGUGAUGGCGACGCCCUCCUCUACUUCGUGAAGAAGCAGCAGUGGCAGAGCAUCGAACCGCUGUCCGCCUGGAAGAAGCCCGACACCACCCACAUGUCCGUGCUGUCCUACUUCUUCAAGUUGUCGCACACUCUGAAGCACACGCAAAAACUCUUUAAGGACUUCAACGGACGCCUGCAGGAGGAAUACGGACUGCCCACGUGGGGCUCCUACGCCCUCUUCGCCAUCGCCACCAUCUUCGUGGGCGCUGCCCUGGGGCUGCUGCUCGUGUGCCUUGUGGACUUUGUCUACCCACCCAAGAAGUCUCAGCGCCAGAGCUUCUCCGAGUCCCAGGACAAUCUGACCGAGGGCCUGGAGGAUUUGGCAACCGAGGAGAUCGAGGAUGAUGGCGAAGCCGAGGAGAACGAUGACGAGCAACGCGAUAGCGACGAGGAGGAACCGGAGGACGACGACGAGGAAGAGGACAGCGAGGAGCAGGCGGGCGAUCUGGCCACUAAAGAGAAGCAGGCCGACAGCGAGCCGGAGAAGGAAGAGAAGCCGGAGCCCAAGCAGGCCGGCGAUGCUGCGCCCGAGAAGACGGAGCAAGUGCGCAAGCGCAAGCCCCGCAAAGGCGAUUAGGUGCAGUGGGGUCCCAGCGGAUCUUCAGCCUUAGCGAACAUCAGAAGCGGCAACAAAAAGACUAACACACUGAAUCGAAAGAAACACAACCUCUUACCCAAGCAUCAUUCGAGCGGACAGAUUCCGUCUGCUUUGCCUUCGCGCACAAAACCGAUCGUUUCCCCUCCUAAUCCUAGCCGGAAAACGGCGCCCCAUGUAUUUCAUAAUAUUGUAAAGCAAAAUUGCAAUCCAUUUAGCGAUAGCAAGCGUAACAAUAACUAAAUGUAACUUUAGUCGUAUUCUUUUACCUUUGGCCAAGCAUUGUAUUUUGUGUUCAACUUGAUUUCCACACAAUUCAUUUCUCUUAAGCAUUUCAUUUGUAAUUGUACUUCAAUCGCAAAUUGUAUUAAAUUUUCGUAUUACACAAUAAUAAAAACAAAACAAUU